GUUGUUUGCCUCUUCCCCAUCCCAGGUUCAUUUAUUAUAAAUUAAAAUGUAAUUGUACCAAUAAUUUUAAUAUUUAAAUUUGCUAUAAAUGGUAAUUUGUCCUGCUGCAAUUUGUAAAAUAUUUGUACUAACAUCUUUCGAAAACAGGGAGUGAAACGAUGGAUAUGUGCAAUGAAGACACUUCUGACUGCUCAGAAGUCUCAAUGUCUGUUUUGCUUACAAAUUUAGAGAACAAAUUUAAAGUCAGAGAUUAUUUAUUGAACGAAGUGAUCGAAGGUCUCCAAAAAUUCUCAGAUGUAUCGAAAAGGAUCAAAUCAAUCAGAGUAAUUCUAAAUUCAGUGCUAGUCAAUUACGGAAGUCCGUCAGCUCUUAAUGAUAGAAGUCCGUUUUUAUCAAAGAACGAUUUAGAUCAAAUUUUAAGCCCGGAAUUACUGGAGGAAAAGGUAGUUAAACCCCUAAUCGCAGGAGAAUACUAUAACGAACUUUUAAAGGAAUCUGUAAAGUUAAUUUUUGCUACAUCCUCAUAUCUAUCGCCUGAAAUAUACGGCAAACUUUUUACACUAGAACUCUUAAUGACGUUAAUAUCAAUAGCAGAGGUCGCUAGUACUGACAUAAACUCUAAUACGGAAGUGUGGAAUUCAUGUAUUUCAACUAUUAGAAAUCUAAUAGCUCGUUUUCAUCUAUCGAAUGAGCUUCUUAAUAGGAUCGUUAGCUGUUUUUUUAAUAUCGUCGAUGAGUCAUCGCUCCAGCUGUGCAACGCAAUAGUUGUUAAAAUCUUGUUCAAAUCAGAAGACCCUGAUGAUUUAUCUCCAGGAUCACCUCAAUCAAAUCUCUCCUUUGCAAUAAAGUUGAGUAGAAGAAUUGUUGAUUAUUUGGUUUCAGUCCUCCACAGGACCCAGGAAGCUCAAAUUCUAUCAAUUGCCUGUAAUACUCUGGUUGCCAUCUGCGAACAAUCCUACGGAGUUGACUUGCUUCUAGAGUCUGGAGGACUUAAAAAGAUAAUGGAAUUGUCCCUCGUUGUUGUAAACAAGCACGAAGCCCGUGUUUCAAUGGAAAGUAAGGGGAAUAUGAAAUCCGAAGUGCCUCAAAAGCUGAUGGUUAGUUCUCCCAAUUUAAAUUCAAACGUUGACCAGUCAUUCAAUGAAAUCUCAUUUGGAGCGCUCUCUGUGAUUAGUAAGAUGGCCUUUGCAGCAAGCCAUAACCAGAUACUCUCAUUAAUAGAUGGUGAUGUUCAAGACUCACUCGUAAAGCUGCUAAAUUGCCCAGUCACGACAUCUAGAUGUAAGGCUAGAGCCUGUAACACUCUUGGAAACUUAGCCUGUGAAACUGAUAGCGAGGUCCAGGCAAUAAUCGACUCUGAUGCUUUGAAAUCUCUAGUUGAUGUUUUCCAGAAUGAUUUGGAUCACAGCGUUAGAGUGGAGUCGGCCUACGCAAUUUGUGCUUGCCUUUCCAAAGCUAACCGUAAACAAAUAGGAUAUAUAAUAUCAUGUAAUUCUAAAUCAAAUCAUCUCGGGGAUGGUACUUGUAUGCAAUUAAUGUCGAACAUGCUCGAUUUUAUAGUAAAGUGUGAUCCAACCGACCAGAGCAGUAUUAAGCUUUCCAGAGUAGUUUUAAACGGAGUCGAGAAUAUUUUAAGGGUCGGAGAACACGAAAUUAAAUCUUACAACUUAACUGAGAAUCCUUACACGAGAAUGUUUAAGGAAGCUGAGGGAGAUGUUAAAUUAUCAAGAGUUUGCUUUUUCCCCGAGUAUAACAUCGCGAAGAAGGCUAGAAUGCUAAUGGAGGAAUUUUUCGAGUCUGCGAGGCCAUGGAAUAUCGAGUCAGUACACUAAUGGGGGCAUCUUUUUUUUAAGUUCACCAAGUAUAAUUGUUUUUCGU